AAUAAAAAAAAAAAUAGAAAGCUUCUUCAUUCUAUCCAUUCCGAGUUUAGAUUUUGUGAUUUUUUUAAUUGAUUUCAUAAUAAGUGUUUUAUAGUCAAUUUUAAUUCAGAAAAUAGAGCUUCACUUACAUAGUUUCUCAUAUCCUAAAGACGAUUUCUUAAAUACUUGACAAGUAUUGAUAAAAUUGGUGGUUCUGUGAAUUCAUUCGGAAAAAUGAUCUAUAAAUAAGUGUAAAUCAUCAAAUUAAUGUUUAAAUUGAAUAAAGAUGGCUAGUCCGUCUCCUCAGAGUAGUCCCAUGCCGCCUCCACAAGCACCGAGUCCAAUGGGCCCACCAACACAGAGCCCGGCACCGCCACAAUCACCGCAUAGUCCAUACAACCAACAACAUGUAAACGGCCCACCUCCGUCACACUCAUCAGCGCCUAUGCCUAAUCAUAUGUCUCCAUCUGGUCCUCCUUCGCAUCCUAUUGGCCCAAAUACAAAUGGUCCACCUCAUCAACAACAUCCAGGUAUGCCCCCUAGUGGACAUCAAAUACCUCCACAUAUGGUUGGUCCUCACAUACCUGGCCCUCCUGGUCACCCAAUAGGACCAGGUGGAGCACAUCCUCCAGGUCCAAAUGGUCAUCCUAAUAUGCCUGGAAAUCCACCACACCCAAAUAUGCCUGGCCAAGGACCACCACAUGGAUAUAUGCAACAUCAAAUUGGACAUAUGCCUCCUGGUCAGGCACCAAUGCCCAUGGGAGGCGGACCCCCACCUCCAGGAAACGCCCCACCGGGACCUCCAGGAGGUCCAUUGCCGCUAUCAGGUCCGCCGCCACAUGGUGUUCAUCCUCAAGGCAUGCCACCGAGCGCCCCAUCUCAUUUGCCACCACACCAUGCUAUGAUGCCGGGACAAGGCCCGCCGCCACAUGGCCCAGGCCCCGCCUACGGUCACGCUCCACCUGCACCAGGAGCAGGAUCAUCGGCCCCGCCUCCAGGCCAAUCGGCUCCGGGGCAGCCACAACCCGGCGCUCAACAGCAUCCGCCUGCUGCACAAACUCCGCCGCACGGACAAGUUCCACCUCCGUCCACUUCUUCCGCUAACGGUGGUCCACCUUCAUCAUCACCGAUGCAGGGUUCCCUACCGGCACCUGGACCUGACAACUUAAACGCUUUGCAAAGAGCCAUAGAUUCUAUGGAGGAGAAAGGUCUCCAAGAAGACCCGAGAUAUUCCCAACUACUCGCCUUGCGAGCACGUUCGAAUCCUCAAGAUCCUAAUAAGGGGCUGUUCUCUAAUAAUCAACUCUGUCAACUUAAGGCCCAAAUAACUGCAUACCGCAACCUGGCCCGCAAUCAGCCCAUUCCACAAGAAACUGCAAUGAUGGCUGCGGGUAAGCGGCCUGGUGUGGCUCCUCCCGAGUGUCCGACGCCACCGUCCCAGUCGCCAUACGGGGAGGGUCAAGGGCCACCGCCGACAUCGAACGCGGGCGCGGCGGGGGCGGCGGGUGCCGCCGGCGCUACUGGCGGCAAAGCAGGCGGCAGCGGCGCGGGCGACGCGCGCGGCGGCGGCGGCGCCCCGCCUACGCCGCUGCCUAUGACCGGCCAAAUGGCACCUCCGACCCAGCCAACGCCUCCGCUUGUUAAUCCGCCGAUGGCCGGUGGUCCGCCCCUGCGCGGUCCUGCACCGCUGCGUCCUCCGGGACCUGGCAUUCCUGCACAACCGAAUCAACAACAGCAGCCUGGCGUACCGAUCCCCGGCGCUAAACAAAACCGUGUGACAAGCAUACCCAAACCAGUUGGUAUUGACCCAAUACAACUAUUAAAUGAGAGAGAAAAUAGAAUUGCUGCCCGUAUCGCUCACCGUAUGGAAGUGCUAUCCAAUUUACCGGCCAAUAUACCCGACGACCUUCGUUUGCAGGCUCAAAUUGAACUAAGAGCUUUACGUGUUCUGAAUUUCCAAAAACAAUUGCGUGCAGAGAUAUUGGGCCAAGUUCGUCGCGAUACGACGUUAGAAACGGCGGUUAACAUUAAAGCAUACAAACGAACUAAACGUCAAGGGCUGCGGGAGGCACGCGCCACUGAAAAAUUAGAGAAACAACAGAAACUCGAAGCCGAGAGGAAACGCCGACAAAAACAUCAAGAAUUCCUUCAAACAGUUCUUCAGCACGCCAAGGACUUCAAGGAAUACCACCGUAAUAACGUAGCAAAGACUGCUCGUAUAAACAAAUCUAUAAUGAACUAUCAUGCGAAUGCUGAACGUGAGCAGAAGAAGGAACAAGAGCGUAUUGAAAAAGAACGUAUGAGGCGCUUGAUGGCUGAAGAUGAAGAGGGUUACCGUAAGCUCAUUGAUCAGAAAAAAGAUAAGCGUCUCGCAUUCUUGCUCUCGCAAACGGACGAGUAUAUCGCGAGUCUUACCGAGAUGGUCAAACAGCACAAACAAGAGCAGCGUAAGAAGCAACAAGAGGAAGAGCGCAGGAAGAGAAAAUCUCGGAAGAGGAAGCUUUUGGAAGGCGGCGAAAUCGAUGCUUUGGAUGACAGCUCACAAACAUCAGACUCUAGGGUCAGCGUAAUGGAUCCAAAAACGGGCGAGAUUUUGAAAGGCGAAGAUGCUCCACUAUUAUCUCAACUUAAAGACUGGAUGGAAGCACAUCCAGGCUGGGAAGUUCUCUCGGAUUCGGAAGAUUCUGGCGAUGAUAGUCAAGAUGACGAUGAAAAGAGAGAAAGAAGAGAAAAACACAAAGAUGAAAGAAGCGAUAAAGAGAAAACGGAUGAAGAGAAAGCACGCGACAUGAUCAAAAAGGCGAAAGUUGAAGAUGAUGAGUACAAAACUGAAGAACAAACUUAUUAUAGCAUUGCUCAUACGGUCCACGAGUCUGUCACAGAACAAGCUAGCAUUUUGGUCAAUGGAAAACUGAAGGAAUAUCAAAUAAAGGGAUUAGAAUGGUUGGUCUCGUUGUUUAACAACAACCUAAAUGGCAUCCUGGCAGAUGAGAUGGGUCUUGGCAAAACUAUUCAGACAAUCGCGCUGGUCACCUAUCUCAUGGAGAAAAAGAAAGUCAACGGACCUUUCUUAAUUAUUGUACCACUGAGUACGCUAUCCAACUGGGUACUAGAGUUCGAGAAGUGGGCACCGACCGUCACGGUGGUGUCGUACAAAGGCUCGCCACAUUCUCGGCGGCUCGUACAGACGCAGAUGCGUUCCACCAAGUUCAACGUCCUUCUCACCACUUACGAAUAUGUUAUCAAAGAUAAAGGAGUCCUGGCUAAGGUGCAAUGGAAAUAUAUGAUAAUUGACGAGGGUCACCGAAUGAAGAACCACCACUGCAAGCUGACACAGGUGCUGAACACGCACUACGUGGCGCCGCACCGGCUGCUGCUCACAGGCACGCCGUUGCAGAACAAGCUGCCCGAGCUCUGGGCGCUGCUCAACUUCUUGCUGCCCUCCAUCUUCAAGAGCUGCUCUACAUUUGAACAGUGGUUCAAUGCCCCUUUCGCUACCACCGGUGAAAAGGUGGAGUUGAAUGAAGAAGAAACAAUUCUUAUUAUUCGUCGUCUGCACAAAGUGCUGCGUCCCUUCUUACUGCGGCGGUUGAAGAAAGAAGUAGAGAGUCAGCUACCUGACAAAGUCGAGUACAUCAUCAAAUGUGACAUGAGCGGCCUCCAGCGCGUACUGUACAAACAUAUGCAGUCGAAGGGUGUGCUCCUAACCGAUGGCUCGGAGAAAGGCAACAAGGGCAAGGGUGGCGCUAAAGCGCUUAUGAACACUAUUGUGCAACUCCGUAAACUUUGCAACCAUCCAUUUAUGUUCCAACACAUUGAGGAGAAGUUUUGCGACCACAUUGGUACCGGCGGCGGCGUCGUUACUGGGCCUGACUUAUACCGAGUGUCUGGGAAAUUUGAACUAUUGGAUCGUAUCCUACCGAAACUAAAGAGGACUGGGCACAGGGUGCUUGUGUUUUGCCAAAUGACCCAAUGUAUGACAAUCAUUGAGGAUUAUCUUUCCUGGAGAGGUUUCCAAUACUUGAGAUUGGACGGUAUGACAAAGGCUGAGGAUCGUGGAGAGCUAUUAAAGAAAUUCAACGAUGCUAACUCGGACUACUUCAUAUUCUUACUGUCGACUCGCGCCGGCGGACUUGGGCUCAACUUGCAGAGUGCUGACACAGUUAUUAUAUUCGAUUCGGACUGGAAUCCGCAUCAGGAUCUCCAAGCCCAAGAUCGCGCGCAUCGCAUCGGUCAACGUAAUGAAGUACGCGUCCUAAGACUAAUGACUGUCAAUUCGGUUGAAGAGAGAAUUCUAGCUGCCGCCAGGUAUAAAUUGAACAUGGACGAAAAAGUUAUUCAAGCUGGUAUGUUCGAUCAAAAAUCGACUGGCUCCGAGCGACAGCAGUUCCUGCAAAGUAUUCUACAUCAAGAUGGAGAUGAUGAGGAGGAGGAGAAUGAAGUUCCUGAUGAUGAUUUGAUUAAUGAGAUGGUAGCGAGGUCAGAAGAGGAACUUGAGAUUUUCAAGCAGAUUGAUUUGGAUCGCAAGAAGAUCGAAACGCAAUCGCGACUCAUUGAGGAGUCAGAGUUACCUGAUUGGCUCGUAAAGGAUGACGAUGAAGUUGUCUGCAAUAAGGGUCAAGGGUGGAAUUAUUUAGACGAGGACGAGACGCUGGGCCGCGGGUCGCGUCAACGCAAGGAGGUAGACUACACGGACUCCCUCACUGAAAAAGAGUGGCUUAAGGCCAUCGACGACGAAUUCGAGGAUGAAGAGGAAGAGGAUGAUGACGAUGAAGUGUUGGACAAAAAGCGAAAGAAGGGACGUAAGCGACGUCGCAACCAGGAGGAUUCAGAUGAAGAGGAAGUUCCCUGCUCCUCUAAGAAAAAAAGCAAAACUGAAAUUAAUCAACAAAAAAAACGUUUAAAAAGCAUCAUGAAGAAAGUUAUUGAUUAUACUGAUGAGGGUGGGCGUGUGUUGUCGGAGCCAUUCAUGAAGCUCCCUUCGCGACGAGAACUGCCCGAUUACUAUGACGUAAUAAAGAAGCCGUUGGAUAUCAAAAAGAUAAUGAACAGAAUUGAAGAUUCUAAGUAUAACGACAUAACGGACUUAGAAAGAGACUUCUUUACAUUAUGCGCGAACGCCCAGACGUACAACGAGGAAGCGUCGCUCAUAUACGAAGACUCGGUACGACUGCGCAACGUGUUCAUAGAAAUUCGUCGCCGUUAUGAAAAUGGACAGAACUCUGACGAUUCUGAUGAUAAUGAAAAAGAUGAAGAAGAUUCUGAUGGUGAGUCCAAUCGCUCAGUUAAAAUGAAGAUAAAACUGAAAGGCAAAAGUAAAAAUACACCCACUAGAAAACGCAAGCAGCGCAAAUACAUUUCCGAUGAUGAGGAUUAUGAGGAAGAUUAAAGAUCUAUUUGUUGUUUAAAUUAUGUCAUUAUUAUGUCACGUGAUUAAUAUUUAGCACACGUAAUUUUCAUUGUCAUUGUGUGUCGUUCAUGUACGCGUAGGUAUAGUACCUUUAUUGAUCCACUGCAUGUUUAUGUAACAUUAAAUACGACGUGUAUUAGUUGAUUUUAAAUUUUCGCGUUAUUGACACAUUUUAAAUACGCAGUUAUACAUUUGCUGGUAAAUAGUACUUACAUACCUAAUUUUUAUUGCCGACGUUUCGAAGUUUUUAUCCUGUCGUGACCACAACGUGGUGCAAGUCGGUAAUAAAAAUCAGGUACAUAUUAGUAGUUCAGGUACUAUUUACAUGCAAUUGCAUCGCAUUGAUAUUAUAACUGAAAAAGAUUUCUAUUUAUUCUCUGACUACCCUUGGAAUCGGGGUGAGAUAGGGGUUUCUAUUUUAAGAUUAAAAUAAUGACUUGUGUUUUUACUCACUAAGGUCACCAUUUUUAUAACUGAAGCCUAUAUUCAUAGGCGUAGCUAGGUAUUCGAAUGGAGAAAAUGUAGUUAAAUGUUGACAAUUACAGAAAAAUACCUAAGUUUAUAAUAGAUUUUAUUUUCAUCAGAUUUACUAAAGUAAAAAAAUAAAUAAAAUUUACUCUUUUUAAAUUUAUUCAAAUAUUCAGAAUUACAGAAAAUAUGUUUUAUUAAUAUUCAGAAAACACGAAGGUUUAUAUUAAUGCUAAAUGCAUUGAGACUAUUCAACUUGUAUUAUCAUCAUGCAAAAAGUAUUUUUCUAAUUUACACUAGAUGUUAUUAAUACUAAUAUUAUCCCAUACAUCUGUAGGUAGUUCAUUAAUAAGUCGAGAAACUAGAUAAUCAGACGUACGCUCACCAUAACAUAACUGUUAUCAUAUGUUGAUCAUUUGAUUUGUCUGGUUACACUUCUUAGGAUAUAUAAUCCUAGCUACGCAAAUGAUCAAUCAUGUCAUAUUUUAAUACAUUUAAACAAGAACCAUUUUAAUAAUUUUAUGCAAUAAGAAUAUCAAUAUGAUUCGGUGAAAUAACUAAGAUAUUUUUUUUAUUGUUAUAUGCUUUUACUUUCUUAAGGUAUAUCAGGCCUAUCGUACUCAGAUAAGAUUUUAUUAUAAUGAUAAUUUUACCGUUUCAAAUUUUAUUAAUCCUUUGACUGCUUGGCUUUGUAACAGUUGCCGUGCUUCUAGCACUCUUGAUUCAAGUCGACAACUUUACUGAUGUGCUUGUUUCGUUUUUUAUUUCUGACUAGGCAAAGCAUUUUAUAACAUUGCUUACUAUUGUUGUCUCUAUUAUAUUUGCUAUGGGUAAUGUUGGAGCAGGUAAACAGUUGAACAACCAGAUGUUGGAUAAAUCCGACUGGAGCGGUUAGAAGGUUAAUGGAAACAGACAUUUUAAGUAUUUAUUUCAUUAGCCCCAAGUGCACUAAUUUAAGUUUAAAAUAAGUUUUUAGAUUGUAUUAAAAAAUUCGGUAUGUAGGUGAUAAAUAAAUUCUAUGUACUAAAAAUAGUUUUAUUAAUAAUAUUUAUUAUGAACUUUCUAUUUUGGGAUCAAGUUUCAUUCUUUUAUUUCCUUUCCACUUGAAUUCACUCCAUUUAUAUUGAAUACCAUGUACGGUGAGCAUGUGUUUGUUGAGGCUAGGACUAUGUGUAAACCUCUGUGCACAAGUUGGACAUGAAAAAGGCUUCUCUCUGGUGUGAACUCUCCGAUGUCGUCGAAGAUCCCCUUUAGUAUAGAAUGUAACUUCACACAGUUCACAUUUAAAAUUCUUGUCACCAGCAUGUCUGAAAGCACAUCACAUGCUAUAAAAAUAAGUAAUAAUAUAUAAUAUUGAAAACGACUGGAGAAUUAAUAAUGAAAUAAAAAUUAAAUAAUUAAAAUUUUGUUCCACAAAAAAACGAACUUGAAUUGUGACAAUACCAGGUAUUUUGAUCUAAAAAUUAAAAACAAAUUGGUUUACAACUGACGCAGUCGGUAAAAAAUACAACCAAAUUGAGAAACUUUCUUUUUGAAGUCUGUUAAAAAUAAAACCGGUCAAAUGUGAGUUAAACUCAUUCACCAUGAAAUUUGUACAUAAAAUAAUCUAUAAAAGGUUUUUGUUGUUUUUUUUU